AUGACUAUGCUGAUGUUCUGGUUCCUUCUGGGAACCACCAUUGUUCCAUCCUAUGGUGGUCUUCUGUAUGAUCAUACUGCUUAUUCUGAGUGUAAAGAUGAGCCCGAGAAAGCUCUUUAUAAUGGAGGAAUCCUCAAAGCUCAUGUACUACAGAAUGUUACAGGGAAACCAUUUACUGGCUCCAAAUUUCUUGCACAUUAUCCUGCUUUUAUUCUACACAAUCUGCCUAGUGCCAGUAUAUACUCCUUCUCCAUAUGGGUGAAAAUAAAGGGAGCAGAUUCAGCACUAAUAACGGCCAGCUUGAAAUCAGGGAAAGAAAGUUAUAACUGCACAGGAAAUGUGAUUGCUAAAAGUGGAUGUUGGUCGUUUUUAAAGGGUGGAUUCACCCUUCAAUCACCCUCUAGGUUAUCAGUACUUUAUUUUCAGAAUAUAGAUGGACAACAAGUUGAUAUACAAGUAGCAAGUGCUUCUCUCCAGUCAUUUACCUCUGAUGAAUGGAAAGGCAUCCAGCAAUCCAAGAUUAAUUCUGUAAGAAAACGAGCUGUGAUAAUUCAUGUGUCCGAUAAAUUUGGGAAUCGAUUGCAAGGAGCAAGCAUCACUUUGCAGCAAGUCUCAAAAGAUUUUCCAUUUGGUUCAGCUAUAUCACAAAACAUUCUUGCCAAUUUUGCCUACCAGAAAUGGUUUGUGGAAAGAUUCAAUGCUGUAGUUUUUGAGAAUGAGCUGAAAUGGUAUGCAACAGAGCCUAAACAAGGGCAAGUCAACUACACUAUUCCUGACAAAAUGCUAGAAUUUGUAAGAGCACACAAAUUAAUUGCAAGAGGGCACAACAUAUUUUGGGAGGAUCCAAGUUACAACCCAUCAUGGGUCCAGAACCUAACAGGUCCGAACCUAGAAAAAGCGGUCAAAACCCGAAUCCAGAGUCUAUUGAUCAAGUACAAGGGAGAGUUCAUUCAUUGGGAUGUCAGCAAUGAGAUGCUACAUUACAGGUUUUAUGAAGAUAGGAUGGGCCUUAAUGCCUCAUUGGACUUCUUCAAAACAGCCCAUCGGGCUGACCCGUUGGCGACCCUAUUUAUGAAUGAGUUCAAUGUAGUUGAGACUUGUGAUGAUGUGAAUUCAACUGCUGAUUCUUACAUUGCAAAGUUAAGGGAUCUUCAAGAAGGUGGGAUUGAAAUGGAUGGGAUAGGAUUGGAGGGGCAUUUUACAGUUCCAAAUCCUGCACUUAUAAGGGCUACUUUAGAUAGAUUGGCUACACUUGGUCUUCCUAUUUGGCUUACUGAGGUUGAUAUCAAGGACACCCUUGACAAACAUACACAGGCUACAUAUUUGGAAAUAGUAUUGAGAGAAGUAUUCUCCCAUCCAUCAGUGAAAGGGAUAAUAUUAUGGACAGCCCUAAACCCAAAUGGAUGUUAUAGAAUGUGCCUAACAGAUAACAAUCUGAGAAAUCUACCAGCUGGUGAUGUUGUAGACAGCCUUCUUAAGGAAUGGCAAACAGGGAUAGCACAAGGAUAUACUGAUGAAUAUGGGUCCUACACCUUCUCUGGUUUCUUAGGAGACUACAAUCUUCAUGUUGUGCAUCGAAAUCAAGCUGCUAAUUCCACAUUCUCACUCAGCCAAAGUGAUGAAACUAAGCAUAUUUACAUUCAAUUGUGAGCUCCUAA